AUGGUUGCGCCAGGGGUCGACCAACCAUCCCCUGUUUGGCAACUGAUGUCACCGGCGCAUCCUGGAGUGACUCCGCAUCGUCUCAGUUUCCAACCACAACAGCCACGAUACCUGGACGGCCAGAGGCAGGCCAGCUUCGAUAACGGCCAACCCGGACUCGUGUUACGCAAGCAGAGCUACCCGUCUCCUCUCCUAACACAGAACGCCCAUAUUCAGUUGCCGGAUGAGCAACUUUCGACUCACAACAUAUAUUCAACACCGUACACGGUCAAGCAAUGCAGCCUCAAUGAGAGCUCGUCUAUAGCGGCUAGCGGGCAACGUCUCAGGCAUCAGCGCGCGUCCGUGGCUUGUGAGCAAUGCCGAGAUCGCAGGGCCAGGUGUGAUGAGCAGAAACCAUGCAAGAACUGCAAAGAGAAAAACGAAACUUGCAACUACAAAGAGCCAAUGGUUAAGCAACAGGAAAAGGUUCAGACAGAGCUUCUCGAGACGGUGGCCAACAUGAGUACGAGCUUUGCCGAUAUAAAAUCGUCGAUUUCAGGGGUCGAUUCGCGUCUUGGUACUCGUCUUGCAUAUCUUGAGGAAGAGAUGAGGACUAUAGUCGCUGCUAUCCGACCCGGCGCUGCGCAACCUACGCCUUUGUCUGUGAAAACGGAACCAAGGGCAAGCUGGGAUGUUGAGGAACCAAUCGCGGCUUUUACUCUCGACGACGAUAGAUCUGAUAUCCCACCUGNUCUCCCGACGGCCGUACAACGAUGGCUGCGCCAGGGUAGAGCAACCAUCCCUGUUUGGCAACUGAUAAGCUUUACGAUAUCGAUCUCCGUCUCGGAAUGGUCUCGACAGCCACAAGGUCUCGAAUCCCCAGCUAUGCUCCUCAAAAGUUCAAAUAACAACCACCCUUGUGAGAUGGCCUGCUAUCUUUCACCAGGCACUCGGUUUUCACCUCCUCAGUCACCGGCGCAUCCUGGAGCGACUCCGCAUCGUCCCAGUUUCCAACCACAACAGCCACGAUACCUGGACGGCCAGAGGCAGGCCAGCUUCGAUAACGGCCCACCCGGACUCGUGUCAUGCAAGCAGAGCUACCCGUCUCCUCUCCUAACACAGAACGCCCAUAUUCAGUUGCCGGAUGAGCAACUUUCGACUCACAACAUAUAUUCAACACCGUACACGGUCAAGCAAUGCAGCCUCAAUGAGAGCUCGUCUAUAGCGGCUAGCGGGCAACGUCUCAGGCAUCAGCGCGCGUCCGUGGCUUGUGAGCAAUGCCGAGAUCGCAGGGCCAGGUGUGAUGAGCAGAAACCAUGCAAGAACUGCAAAGAGAAAAACGAAACUUGCAACUACAAAGAGCCAAUGGUUAAGCAACAGGAAAAGGUUCAGACAGAGCUUCUCGAGACGGUGGCCAACAUGAGUACGAGCUUUGCCGAUAUAAAAUCGUCGAUUUCAGGGGUCGAUUCGCGUCUUGGUACUCGUCUUGCAUAUCUUGAGGAAGAGAUGAGGACUAUAGUCGCUGCUAUCCGACCCGGCGCUGCGCAACCUACGCCUUUGUCUGUGAAAACGGAACCAAGGGCAAGCUGGGAUGUUGAGGAACCAAUCGCGGCUUUUACUCUCGACGACGAUAGAUCUGAUAUCCCACCUGGAUCCCCGGUACCUGCCGAGAAACCUGCGAUUCCAGAAAACCACACGACAGGAACCGGCAAUUUGCUCAUGUGGCCGCCCAUCCAAAAGCUCGUUGGGCACCUUUUGGUGGAGCAUGGGAUUAAAUACCCAAAGACCUACCCACUCUCCAUCGAGGAGAACAGGGGUCUGCUACAUUUAUAUGGCCGAGGGGAAGGGAGCAAAAGUGGCAGCGAGGUGCCCAACGACUUUGGACUUCUUCCGUCCGCGUAUUCCAAAGACGUAGCACCAUCGCCUCCAUACAAUGAUUGGGGCUAUGUGGAUACUACGGAGACCGUGUCUUGCCUGAGAUUCAAUCAUGAUCAUGUGUGGAAGCUUGUGGACAGCUACAAGGAGAAUAUGCAGAACAUGCAUCCCAUCAUCUUGCCCCAGGAUCUGGACGCCUUGAUCAAAAAAUUCCUCGGAAGCCUUUCCACCGUUUGCGUUACCAAAUCUGCCAGGUCUGCACCAGUCGCAUGGUUUACCGCAAAGCACGAAGUUGUGGGUGAGAAGCGAAAACGAGAAGACACAGACGACGGCUCGGGACCCAAGGUCGUGCAUCAAAAACGUCCCACGUUGUCUCGCGACAUCCAUACUGCUGUAGUUCUCUGUAUUCUUGCCCUGGGCGAGAUCUGCUUACACAAGGAACGUAUCCCCGAUAUCGUUCCAACGCAUGGCGAGAUGCAAGGUCAGGGUUCCUCCAGCUCUCAACCCUACCCCUCUCAAGGUUCCUCGGCCUCUAGGAAUGGUGUACCACCAUCCCCAGUCCAGGGGACGCCGCCUUCGGUGGUUUGGCACCCGACAGGCGGCAGGCGAGUCUCUUUUUCUGGUUCUACAUCAGAGCCUAUGAAGAGAAACAUAGAUGUGAUUCCGGGCCUGCAAUACCUAGCCAAUGCCACCGACAUUAUGGGCAAUCAAAUGGCAGGGACGUCGGUAUGGCACGUGUACGCCAGUAUUUUGGCUGGUCUUUACUACGGCCAACUGGGUAGGGUUAUGGAGAGUUACUGGCAUAUCCAUGAUGCCUGUAUCAAGACCCAGCAUCUUCUUAGGGGCCACUUCUCCCGUCUCACUGCUGCAAACAGCCAAACACAAGACAUCAAAGACACCCGCGACAUUAUUGCCGAGUUGAACCUACAGCAGUCGGGCAUCAGCAAGUACGAGCAGCGCAUGCCAACCCCUAAUUUGGGACACAUGAUCGAAUGUGGGAUCGACAAGCGUGUCGCCUAUGGCUAUCAGGCGCAGAUAUGGCUACGGAAGACACUCAACAAGGCGCACACAUUGCUAUAUGGGCCCAAGUCUGAAAGAGAGAGACACACUCUGAUCAAAUUGGUGGAAGUUCUACACUCGAAUCUGACAGAGAGUGAAAAUCUUUGGUGGCCAAAGUUUCAUGGCCAUGAUCCCCAGACUCCGGCCGACAACAUCCUCGACGCUAGACUGCGAGCCAAGUAUUGGGGUGCCAGGAACAUUAUUUGCCGGCCCGUCAUCAAAUCUAUACUGAUGCGAGAUUAUCAGAUGCAGGAAGGGCUCGACAUGACCGAUCCCUUGAAUGAGCUCCUCGAUCCCAAGAACGAAACUGUUUUGGAAAUAGCAGAGAGGGGCAUCAAUGCGCUUGUUCAUAGUACCAAGGCCUUUCACAAUCUUGCUGAAAGGCGGUAUAUUGUCACCAACAUCUUUGGUACUGCUCAGGCUCAAUGGGGCAACCUGAUUACCCUUGCCGCGGUCCACAGGAACCAGCACCUCUCACAUUUUAUCAACCCUGGUGAGCUUAAGUACCUUUUCGAUAAGACGAUACAGUUCCUGGAGGUCAUCUCGCAUCGAUCAAGCGCUCUCGAGGUUGACGGGAAAAUCCUCGUUGGUCUAAGGGAUUCUCUUUUUCCCCAGGCUUUCCCAACCCGAGACGCUUCCGACCAUCAGCCCAAACCCGUCCGACAAUCCAAUGGCCCAGUCCGUCUUCCAUCCCUGUCGAUGAGUCCUGUGCACAAGAGUCAAAUCGGUCCUCCAUUGGGGAACAUGCACCUUGGCAGCUAUUCUUCAGAUCGUGAAGGGUAA